AUGAAUAUUCGAAUGAAUGCACCCCAACUCGGCAACAGUUCGGCCGUUGACAUGAUGGCCGCCAAGCUCGCUGGCAAGCACGCCGUCGUCGUCGGCGCCACCGGCGUCAUCGGGUCUCACAUCGCCAGAACCUUCGCCGCCCACGGAGCCGUCGUCUCCCUCCUGGGCCGGACGGCCCUGCAGGCCCGGCCCCAUCUGGAGCCUCAGCUCGACCCCUACCGAGGGCCCUCGGCGCCAGACACACCGGCCUCUCACCGCUUCAUCCCCCUCGACGUCACGGACACGCCGAGCAUCAAGGAGGUCUUUGCCGAUCGCGGCUCAAAAGACGUGGACGCUGUAGGGCCGCUCGACCUUCUCGUCAACUGCGCGGGCAUCUCGCAGACGACGCUGCUGAAACGGACCCCUGACGAGGGGCUCGCGAGCAUCGUCGAUACAAACUUGCUGGCCACCAUGCUUGCCUGCAAGCACGCCAGGAUCCGGCAGCACGGCUGCAUCAUAAACGUCGCCAGCCUGAUGGCUACAAAGGCAGGCCUGGGUGUCACCGCGUAUGCCGCCUCCAAGGCUGGCGUGGUCGGCUUCACCCGUGCCCUAUGCCGCGAGAUGGCUGCUCGAUCUAUCCGUGUAAAUGCCCUUCUACCAGGUUGGGUGCAAAGCCCUAUGUGGAAUCAUCUAAAACCCGAGCUACAAGAAGCGUAUCUCAAGGAUACCCCCCUGAAUCGCGUGGCCCGACCCACCGAAGUGGCGGAUGCUGCUUUGUUCUUGGCUUCAAACGAAUUUGCCAAUAACUGCGUUCUUAAUCUUGACGGUGGUCUGAGUGCUGCGUGA